AAUUUUUACUUGCCAAAAAAUUGAUGAGCGAAUCGGAGGUGCAGCAAACUAGUAAAAAGGGAACUAGCAGAAUUGUGAAAAUAAGUGUCUAAAUGUUGGUCAAUUUAUUUUAAAUUUCAAAUAUUUUUCUCGUGGAAUAAAAGGUAAAUUUGUUUCUGUCGAGAAUAUAAUUGAAAGAAAAUCUACGUGGACAAUUUUGAACUGUAAAACACACAAGUAGAAGAAGAACGAUCAGAAAGUAGCUGAAGAAAAGCGCAGUAGCAUUAUUGGCAGGGACCGAAUCGCAUUAGUUACCUGUGAAGGAAAAAAAAAUUGGGCGAAACAUAUUAGCCGUCAAACUUGGAUGUGUAUAGUGAGGAAAAGAAAUAAAAUUUUAAAUAAAUAAAAGUAUACCCACAAACUUCAGUGGAUUUUUUGAGAUAUCGUUAAUAUAAAAACAUCAAAACGGCAGCGACUACAACAACUACUACUACGCCACCAGAUUCGACAAUGGAGAAGCCGAAGGAAUUGAUCAUUGAGCCAAAAGGCGAACUGCGCUUUGUAGGUCCCUUCACUCGUCCCGUUAUCACUGUUAUGAAAAUAACCAAUCCAACAGAUAACAUUAUACUGUUCAAGAUCAAAACGACCGCUCCAAAACGAUAUUGUGUGCGUCCAAAUUUCGGUUCACUCGAACCACAUACGCAUGCCAGGAUUGAAAUUUGCUUACAACCUUUUGUGUAUGAUCCCAACGACAAAAAUAAGCAUAAGUUCAUGGUACAGAGCCUGGUUGUGCUCGAUCACUCCGUUGAAGACUGGAACAAGUUGUGGAAAGAGUCAGAACCACAUCAGUUGAUGGAUGUGAAAUUGAGAUGUGUCUUCGAGAUGCCAACUGUAACGUCUGCCGCAGACAGCAGUGUUACUGCAGGCACCAAUGAAAUUGUAAAGCAAGAAAUUACUGAGACAGAAAAUAAAGCAAUUCCAUUUCGCGAAGAGAAAGUAUCAAAUGUGCAACCAUCGGAUCAACGUGAAGAGUUAUUGUCCGACAUUAGGCGGCUGCGUGAAGACAAUGAGAAAUUGCUCAGAGAGAAGCGUCAUCUUACGGAUGAAAUCGUCAAAGUACGGGAUUCAUAUUCGAAACCGAUGUACGAUCAGGCCUAUACACCUAUUCUGGGCGAGAAACAAAUUCCGGUGUUCUAUAUAGCGUUGUCGAUUGUUGCGGCCAUAUUUGGCUUUCUAUUUGGCAAAUAUUUUUGAAUGCAUACAACGCAUACAAAACUCUGAAGUGCUGACAUGUUUAUCAAUAAAAACAACAACUACAUAAAAUGAGAAACGGCGUCAUACACAAACAGAUAAACGAAGAAAACGAAACUAAAAAUGAAACUUAUAUAUAAAACCCAGCAACAGUAUAAAAGUAAAAAUAAAAAACAACAAAACUUAGAAAGGAGGAAAUGAUCAAAUGAUUAAAGAUAAACAUAACGAAAAACCUACAAAACUAAAAAAAAAAAAAUAAUAAGAAAACAAAA